CGUUAUCUUCACAAGCGCUCCAGCUGUCUGCAACAACAACAAUAGACCUAUAGCGACUGUAAUAGACCAGACCAUCUGCAACUGAUUCGCUUAAUGUGUUUAGAUACAGCAUUUGUAGUAAUCUUUGCAGUGAACACAUCAAGAACAGGUGUAUUCAGUGCAGUGCAACCCCAAUGGCAGUAGCUUCAGUUGAUAAAGUGAAGAUAUUAGUUGUUGGCGAUUCAGGUGUGGGAAAAUCAUCGGCAGUGACACUUAUGUGCCAUAACCAGCCUAUUAACAAUCCCACGUGGACCAUAGGAUGCAGCAUAGAAGUUAAGCUUCAUGAAUUCAGGGAGGGGACUCCGUCACAGAAAACUUACUUCGUGGAGCUAUGGGAUAUUGGAGGGUCAAGCAGCCACAGUAACACACGCUCUGUUUUCUACAAUGCAUUCCAUGGUGUGAUUCUGGUACACGACUUGACAAAUCGCAAGUCACACGAGAAUCUUCGCAAGUGGUUGGCAGAAAUUCUCUGCCGCGAGUCACCAAGUCGAAAAGGGUUUGACUUCGACCAAGAGAUGUUUGCGGACUCUCCCGUACCUUUACUGCUUGUGGCUACCAAAAGUGACUUAGUACAGGACUUCGGUGACACUUCAGAGCGAUCCUUCGCAGCAUCCCUUGCACAACAAUGUGGUGCAGAUCACAUCUUUCUGGACACCCACAACGCGAAAUCCCUGGCACCGGGUUCUUCUAACGCUGUCAAGCUGAGCCGCUUCUUUGACAAGGUUAUAGAGAAAAGAUUCUGUAGCCAGGGCGUGAACACCUACACCACUUUCACGGACCGUCGGCGUAUUGUUCCACCUCCAAAGUAUUCGCACGUAGAUUAAGUAAAAAUAAAAGUUUGUGUUUUUUUUUA